AUGGAUUUCAUCGGGAGUCCGAACCCUUCCUUGGGCUCUCCGAUAAGGGACACCUCGCCGUUGUCCAUUCCCCCAGCUCCAAGCGUUUUGCGACAGUCCGUCCAUGCCUCUGGCCCUUCGAAACCCGACCCGGAAAAGGACGAGCUCCGCGUGCAGGUGAAUACACUGAGAUAUGAGCUGGAGAACUUUAAGCAGGAGCGCGACCUGAUGCUUCUGCGCCAUGAUAAAGAGCUACGUGACCUGCAGCUCAAAGCGGACGCCGAUUUUCGAAAAGCGCAGGCCGCCGAAUCAUCUAGCAACCGCGCCAGUCACAAAAGCGAAACAUUGGCAAAAGAGCUGAAAGAAGCACAGGAUAAUGCACUCAAUGAAAAGGUCGAUCUCGAGCGAAAAGUACGCAGCCUCCAGGACCAGAAUCAGGGAUUGAAGGAGGAAAUUGAGGACAACAAAGCACAAUCGCUUGACCAAGAAAGGCAAUUCAAAUACCAGGUGAAUGAGCUCGAAACGAUCCGCUCGUCCCUUCAGAAAACCCUAGAGGAGUUACACAAGGACCUUGAAAAUGCAAAGAGCGAUGCCCAGGCGGCACAAGAUAAGCUUCGUGAACGCGAAGCAGACGUCGCCAACUUGGAGGCGGAGAAUAUUCGACUAAAGGCUGAGGGGAACGAUGCAGAAACGCUCGUUGUUCUCAAAAGAGAGCUCUCCGAUCAAGUCAACCAUAUUAGGGGCUUGGAAACAACAACCAGAGAGCAGAGCGCAGAGCUGCGGCACCUGCGAAAAGUGCAGCGCAAUGUAGAGGUGGUCGAGGAGCAAAAGAAGUCAUUGGAGAAUCAGCUGCAACUCAUGAAGGGGGUCGAGGCAGAGUUGGGGACGGUACAGAUCCAGAAGCAAGUUUUAGAGGACGAGCGACGAUCGUGGGCCAGCCUUUUACAGGACAACGAGCAGCCUCCAGAGUAUGACUCCCCGGAAGCGGUCGUCAAGGCUCUCUUGAAGGAGCAGAUUGAAAAAGUCAGCGCCCUGGACAAGCUUGGAAGUGUGGAAGCCCAAUUCUUGGAAAAGGACGAGCUCAUCAAGAGUCUCGAAACUGAACGAUCCAACUUGCGACAAGAGGUCGAAAAGCUUCGUGCUGCCACAACAUCAGUUGCAGGGCCAAUAGCAUUGGAAAGUCGUGUCAAAGCUCGACUUGAACGGCAACGAGCACUGGCGAUGAAGGAAGUCGAAUAUCUACGCGCUCAGCUAAAGACAUUCGACACCGAGGAGGAGACUAUGAACGCAGAGCAGGGCCAAUUUGAUGCACAAAAGGCUGAGCAGAUUGUCAACCUCGAAAAGAUGCUUGACGAAUACCGACAGGAACUUGCAAUGGCUCAUGAAGAAUUGUCCAAACGUGAAACAGCCCAGACAGAAAGUUCAGAACCCAGAGGGGUGAAACGACCCCUAUCACCUGCCGAAAGUGACGCAGAAAGUGAACGGCUUGCCGUCCUGUCGAGAAAGAACAGGACACUACAGGAGUCACUGUCCAAAUCUGAGCAAGCUCUGAAACUCCAACGAAAGGAAUUGGAAGCUACAAAAUCGCAGCUCAAAUCCCUCAAGGCCAAAUCACGGACCCGCAUCCUCGAACUUCGAGAUAACCCUACCGCACAAGCAGAAAACAUCAAACUCUCCACCCUCAACACUCUCAAGGCCGAAAACCGGGAUCUCCUAGCCCAACUUUGCGGCAAUCCCACCGACAUCAAAGUCGUACCCGUCAGCGCCCUCGAAAGCAUGAAGCUCGAAAUCCAAGACAUGGAGCACGUGGUCGCAGACAAGGAAAAGCGCAUGCGCCGCCUCAAAGAAAUCUGGACCGCCAAAUCUUCCGAAUUCCGCGAAGCAGUCGCCUCCUUGCUAGGGUACAAGCUCGAUUUCCUUCCCAACGGCAGAGUCCGCGUGACGUCUAUGUUCCACCUCUCCCCCGCCUACAGGCAUGGGGAUAGCGAGGCCGGGUCCGAUUCCCGGGGUCCCGGAAGCAUGGGUAACGGGGACGAGAAUUCGAUCAUCUUCGAUGGCGAGCAAGGGACGAUGAAGAUCUCGAGCGGGCCAAAUAGUCUCUUUGCGAUGGAGAUAAAGCAUCUUAUCAAGUUCUGGGUCGAGGAAAGGAAAGAUAUACCAUGCUUUCUGGCGGCGAUGACACUGGAUUUCUAUGAUAAGACAACCAGGGCCGCGCGUAUCUAA